AUGGCCAGUGGUGUGUCUAUGGCACCUGCUCCAGCUGGAGUUCCUACACUGGCACUCGCACCGGCACCCACGCUGGCCGCCAGACCCUCUGUAGCCCCUUCCCCAGGACCGGGUACACCCGGCUCUAUAACCUCGAAAGAAUGGGUAAUCCCACCACGUCCCAAGCCUGGUCGCAAGCCAGCUACGGACACCCCGCCGACCAAACGCAAAGCUCAGAACCGAGCAGCUCAACGAGCGUUCCGUGAGCGCCGGGCCGCCCGUGUGAGUGAAUUGGAAGAGCAAAUGAAAGAACUCGAAGAUAGCCACGAUAUCCAAGUUGCCUCGCUCCAACAGCAAAUUGGAAACCUCUCCGGUGAGGUUGAUCAGUGCCGGGAGGAGAUGGGCUGGUGGCGCGACCGAUGCCACGCCUUGGAGAAGGAAGUAUCGAUCGAGCGCAGUGCAAAGGAAGCCCUUGUUAAGGAAUUCCGGUCAUCUCUUGCUGGCCCUAACGUUAGCAAGCCUGCGCCCAUCCCGGACUCUGUGCCAUUGCCACCUCGCAAGACCAGAAGCUCCCGAAUGGAGGAUGUCCAACCUACUAGUACCGAACGCAACAAGGAGGAUGGACAGGUCAAUGUACCUCUGGGGUGCAACAACUGCUCCAACGCCCACUGCCAGUGCAUUGAAGAUGCAUUCGGCAUGCCGAUGGAUACCCACGAGUCAUCUCGUUCUAGACACUCACCUCAUGGCGUGGGCAGCCCGGAACGUGAUCACAGGGACCCCCACAUCAAGCCCGAUCCGGAAGAGAUGGAAAUCGAUUUCACCGCUCAAUUCUCUAGCGUUCCAACACAAUCUAACGACAACGACGUCUCCUCGCCCCCCCGUUGA